AUGGUUCUCAGCAUCAGUAUUGCCGAAGAAAAUCAAACAAUUUCGACUAACAUCCAUUCAUUAAAAGCUAUCGAUGAAAAAAAUCUAAAAGGAUUUUCUAGUUCUUCUAACCUGUCAAAUAGUGAAGACAUUGAAAAUUCAUAUGACAACCAUAACCCUAAUGAACGUAUUCCUGAUAAGUGUUCUAAAGAGGUUAAUCAUAUUCAAACUUCAGCAGACAUGAACAAUAUUAGAGAUUGCAAAAUCAUUACUGGAGACAUUGUUAUCAAUGAUUAUAAGGAACCCAUUAUAGAGUUUGGUGAUAUAAUGAAUAUAUUCGGAAAUUUAGACAUACAACGUGCUUCAAGCUUGGUAAGAAUUGAGGCAGACAACGUCCAUAGAAUCGGAAACAGAUUUAUAUUAAAAGACUUAACUUCGCUUAAUUCAAUUUCAUUCGCAUCGUUGCGGUAUGUAAAGGUUAUCGAAUGGAAGGUGUUACCAAUAUUGAAUGUUGCCAAUUUUGGCAAUGCAAUAAAAGAAACCGAGAGUGUGACAGUUUCAGACACCUCUUUAGUUGAAUUUCCAGGAUUCUUAUCUAAUAAGUUGGAAAUCUUAGAUAUAAACAAUAAUCGUUAUCUUGAAUCCAUCCACUGUAAUGUUGAAAAGAUUACUGGAAGAUUACAUAUUGCCGCCAACUCAAGAGAUGUUCAAGUUUCAUUACCCAAAUUACAGUCUGCAAAAAAUGUAAGCAUCCAUGAGGUUCUGGAUCUUGAUUUGAAUAAUCUUGAAGAAAUCGAAUCGUCCAUUAAUUUUGUUAAUAACCUUUUUAUAAAUUUGAGUUUGCCCGUUCUCAAGUCUAUCGGAGGUACUUUAAGUUUGUUGAAGAAUGAGAAUCUUGGUAAAGUAGAAUUCCCUAAUGUAACAGAAAUUGGAGGUGGAUUAAUGAUCGUUAAUAAUACCAAAAUUGAUAGGAUUAAUUUUUACCCUAAAUUAACAAUUAUAGGGGGAGCCAUUGAAUUAGUGGGUAAUAUCAAGGAAACAAAUUUGAAGAAUCUAAAAUUAGUUAAAGGAAGUGCAAAAAUUAAGUCCAAUGAUAGCUCAUUUGAUUGCACUAAGUGGACUAAAAGUGAACUUAGUUCAGUAAUCAGAGGAGGUAAAAUAGAAUGCAUUAAUGCUAAUAAUGAAAGAAUAACGGCGGAUACUCCAACUGAAGGAGGAAAUAAUGAUACCACUGAUAAUGAUGAGCACAGCAUAAAACUAGCCUCGAAGGGUUUGUCUUUGGAUGCAAAAGCGAAUUUUAAAUAUAUCUUUUUCUUAUUUCUUUUGAUAAUAAUCACUUAG